UCCACCGCAGAGUGCGCGCAUAUCUCGCUUGCUUGUGAGCAGCCAAAUGUCACUUUGGUUCGUUGAAGGCAAAAAUUGAAACUUUGCGCUUUGUAGCUUGUUUGUUUUUCACUUAUUACUUCAUUCUACGCUGAUUUGCACUCUCUGUUUUGAGUAUGUUUGACGUUUGCGCUGUCAUUUGUUCAGUUUUGUUUUUCUUUGCUUUGUUUUGCGUGAUUUUUUGAUUGCGUGAAAAAUAUUUAGAAAUUAUUGUAUUUUGCGUAUAUUUACUAUUAAAAAUCGUGUUAAAAUUUGUGCUGGUUAAGUGUGUGUAAAAAUUAAAAGUUAUAAAUAAUGGCUACAGCACCAAAUGAGUUAUCGAUUGCUGAAAUCAGAAACUACAUGCUCAGUAAUGAUUCCAAGGUGACAAAUCAUGCGUUGGUUAAGCAUUUUAAGCACUUUCUCACCAAACCCGAAACCCAAAAUGAAGCGCGCAAAUUGUUUAAAGUUUACGUAAAUAUUUUGUCUACAAUAAGAAAUGAAAAUAAUCAAAAAUAUUUAAUAUUACGUAAAAAAUACAUUAACGAACUGCCAAGUAAUGAUGUUGUUCAGCGUGCAGUCGCCGCAGCAGGAGCAGAAGCAGUACCCAGUAGCCCAGGUGGUAUGUCAGUUAUAUCGGAAAAUGCUAUUACAUCGCCUAUGCGGCAGCCCCCACCAUACGUGCCACCACCUGAAGUUGCGGCAACCGAGAAUAAUUGCGGUUGUUUAGAUCAGAUCGUUGAAAUGGUCACCAUUGAAACUAGUAAAACGGCGCAAGCAGCCUUGGUAGAGUCUGAAAAGGAACCGCUCGCAAAGAAAACUCCUGAAGAAAAUCAUGAAUUGGAAGUUGAAAAGCGUUUAAAAGCAAUUUCCAAAGAAAGCCACAAAGAAAAUAAGGAAAAUAUACCACGAUUUUCCUUUUCAUCUGAAGGCUCGGCAACUUCACUUAGCAGCAAAUCAAGUAAGGACACCAUCGAUUCCGAUGUGGAUCCACCCGGCAGUAAUGUGAGCGUCAAAGAGGCUACUCGUAAAUUUAAUCGCUUAGUGUCGGAAGAAGAAGCAAAAGCAGCUGUGGUUUCGCCAUCAGGAAAAAAGAAAGCUGAAGAAAAAGACGAGAAGAAGGAGGAAAUACCCGAAGUUACCAUGGCCCACAAAAAGGCUAAGGAAUGGAUUGUAGCUAUGGCCAGGGCUAACUAUCAGGAUCUAUCCAAACUGGCAACUGAUUAUCCCGAAUUGGUCAAACUACACGAUCCAUUUACGGUAAGUUAAGACCCGAAUAAAGUUCCUAUAUUGGAUAUCCACGUUUAUUUACAAAAAGGUUACAAUUAUAAUAAUCUUGCAACAUCGAUUUACAAUUUCAAAACAUAAAAAAAUAUCGUAACAUUAUUUUCUAAUCAAAUCAGGCCAAAAUUUUUCUCGUCACACUGAAAACAUUUCACCGAGUUGCAUGCGUUCUUUUGCAGCAGUUUAUUUUGAAUUAGUUACAGACAUACUGACUAAUUAAUUAACUUGUGCAUUAUAUAAAAAAUUUAUAACAGUUACCAUAUAUGCAAAAUUUAUAAAUUUCUCUUCAUGACUUUUUCAUUUGACUUCUUCUUCUCAAGAUUACACAAAGCACUGUAUAUGAUAUUAGUAUAUUAAGUUCGCCACCAAGUUUGUAACACCCUGAAUGAAACGUCGGAGACCUUAUAAAAUAUAUAUACAAAUGAACAGCGCGGCGAGCUGAUUCGAUUUAGUCAUGUCCGUCUGUCUAUCUGUCUGUAUAUACGCCAACUAGUCCCUUACUUUUUGAGAUAUCGAUCUAAAAUUUUACACACGUUCUUUUCUCCCAAAGAAGCUGCUCAUUUCUCGAAACUGCCGAUAGUAGUUAGUAUAGCAUAUAUCUGCCAUAACAUACAAACUGAAUGAUCAAAAUCAAGUUCUUGUAUAGAAAACUUAUUUAUUUCACAAGAUAUCGUCACGAUAUUUGGCUUGAAUUAUUGUGCAAGCCAACGGCACCAUCAACCGAACAAACUGUUCAGAUCGAAUUAAUAUAGCAUAUAGCUGCCACUUAAACUGCUUUUUUUAUUUAUGAAGGCUAUUAUGGCUUCGAUGCAACCGGCUCACGCUUUAUUUUCCACCUUUACCUAUAAGGUUUUUGAUAGCUCUUAAAAUUUUUCUCGUCUCGUUGACUUCUCUAUCCUUCGCCCUUAUCCCGAUACACAUAAGCAUUUGAGUUAUGUGAAGCCGGGCAAAUUUCCAUCACCACAGACGAUUACUUCAGCAGGAAUCCUUAACCCAAAUUGUCCACUAGAGUUUCUUAAGUCACUGUGGCCAAAUACCCACCGUUGUUUCUUCUCUUCGCUUGAUACCAAUAGGAAAUAUAGAUUGAGAGAUUUUACCUUUAUAAGAGGUAAUCUUUAGCUUAACUUUAAGUCGGAAAUAAUGUAUAAUGUAGAUAAUCACUUGCUUCUAGACCUUUCAAUCUAGUUCUUUAACCCUUAUCGCAUAAAUUUUGGCAGAUAUCGAUAUACAAAAAUCAAGUAUGAAUAAAAUUAUUGAACAUUGUCAAAAUUAAAUUCAUAAACUCUAGCAGUUCUUUUUUUUUUUGACUUAAGGUUUAGGUUCCUUACGUGCUUAUCCUUGUUCCAGAUUUCGUCAAAGCUCGGAAGCAAUAAAUCAACAAGCAUGACGUCACAAGUAUAAAGUUACAACAAAAUAUUUAUUGUUGACUUGAACUUAAUUGCAUAGAAUAUGUUUCGAAUCACGCCUUAGGCGCUUUAACUGUAACUUAUACCACAUAUGAAUAACCGCUAUACAACAGGUAGAACCCACUGUGUAAUUUCUGACAUGACUAGAGUUAUAAAACAUAGCUUAACAACUUAAUAAUGCCACAGUGCCACGAUGCCAUCACCUGUUGAGCUGGCGAUGAACAAUUGCUGAGCCGCUUGGCGAUCAUUCUAUACACACAUAGUAUAGUUAAGGCACAUGGAAAGCCUGUGCUAUGCUGCAAGCUACAAUUAUUUCUUUUUCACCUUUCCAGCUGCCCGGUGCGAAUGCUUAUCGAUCGCUGCGGCUGACAAAUAAGCGCCCUCAACACGCCACUCUCCAAUGUCCAUCAACAAUACCAAUUGGCAGGAGGUAGUUAUGAAAGCAAUUAAGGAUAUCGAAUAACGCUCAAAAAAUAUCAAAACUGACGCUAAGAUACGUCAACCGAACUGAAGGGUAGACAGUGCGCUCGUAGCUACAAGAAACAGUCUAGCAAAGCUCUCACCUCUACAGCCACACUUGCUUGUGGUGAGAAUAAAUGAUGACGCACAGCUGCUGAUCAAUAGCACGCGCUUGAAGAGCCAAUAAAUCAUUGUGGCGAUAACCUGAAUGGGGCAUACAAAUUUUGUCAGAAUCCUACCGAAAUGCAGACGAGUUAAGACGAAUAAAAUUUCCAAUGCAAUAGCUGCUUGCAAACGUAUUUUACCAAUUGACUCUAUAAGUAACCUAAUUAAGAGUGGUGAGCGAUGUACACCUGCCAACCGCGCAUGCGCGAACAGUGGCAACAGGACAACUGCAGGACGCGCGCCUACAAAAACUGGCGCAAAAGCAUGCCGAAGGCUAUUAUAUUUGUUCAAAAAAAAUUAUUGGGCGUUUGCUCAUUAAAUAUUCGCAUUCGCAACAGUUCAUUGUGAACUAAUAAGUUCAGCAAUAAAAAAUUUAAGUGCACACUGAGUAAAAAUAAUGAUACUAACAAGGAUGAUUAAAGUAAACAAGCUCAAUUGUCGUUUAAAUGACAAGUUUUGACAACUUGUAAAAUGACAUGGCCGCGAGCUGUCUAUCGUCGCGAGAUCGCCGUGCAGCGUUGAAAGGACGCGCCUACAAACGAACGUGCAAACUCGUCGACAGUCAAGUGACACAUACUUGUAUGUAUACAGAACCAUUGUUUGAGGCGUACUAUAUUUAGGACCCCUUCGCUGCACAAUUGCUCGACUAAAAUUAAUAAUCCGCGUAAUUUGGUGAUUUUUAGCCGCGCAAACACAAAGCACACAAUUCAGCGGCAGCUCACCGAAGUGACCUUUUGUGGCGUCACCGUCCCCGCCAACACUGCCGCGCGUGCGUUUGUUUUGCGCUUAAUAUGUCAUUUAGAUCGUUUGCCAGCGAUAAGCACGUCAGCCGGCAGUUGAAUUGUUUUGGCUGAUGGUUUGACGUGGUUUUGAUGUUGUUAGUCGGUUCGUUAGCUUUGCGCAGCUCAGUUUCAGUAUUCACUUUUACUUGUUUUCAAGUUUUUUUCUUUAUUUUUUUUUGUUGGUUAUUAACUACAGCUCAUGAAUUGGCCUAAAUUAUAAGUAUUAUUUUGAGAAUAGUGUGUUGAAUGCUCAAGUGGUUUUAGCCACGGUGUAUGGUGCGUUAGGCGUUCCGAUGUCAAUGCGAAGCGGAAAUGUAAUUUCUAAUCAAUUAAGUCUUAUCGCGUCAAUAAAUAGAAAAUAAUUGCUCCUCAUAAGUGACAAUGGCCUAUGAGGGUGGCUUUCCGUUUAGCCGUAAAUGAUAGCUUGGAAGAAAGGUCAAUGCAGUAAGAGUGUGUUAACAGCGAAAAGUACCUUGGGAAUGUGCACAUAUUUUGACAAGAAAUUAUGAUUUCGAUCUUUAAAUGCCAUAAUAAGUACGAGUUAUUAUUAUUAUUAGCCGGCAUAAUAGCCAAAGCAGUUGUUAAUAAUACGAGUAAAUCUGUGAAAAUAUGUAUGCUGUUGUGAUUGAACUGAUAAGAUUGCUGCAGAGCUAUAACUAGCUACAGGAAUAGGAACAGGUGUUUUACGUAAUUAACGGGUUUCUUUAAACAUAACCGUAUAUUAAUACCAAUAAUUAGGGUUAUUUAGUCGCAUACAAGUCUUCUACAAUAUUUGGUAAACGACUAGUCUCUAGUACCAUAUUAAUUCAAAACAAUUUAACCUCAAAACGUCUAGGUGUUCUUGAAAAUUUAAAUAAAUUAAAUUUUAAGCCUUUUUCUACGCAUUAACUUAAGCCUAUUCCAGGCCUUAAGUACUACUGAAAAUAUAAUAGAGGUUACGAAGGUUUUCUCUACUCAGUUAGUUUAGACUGUUUCAGACCCUCAUCGAGUGAUUUGUGCUUUCAACAACUAUAUCUACAGCGCUGAGUUUAAGUGAUGUUUUGAGCUGCUCAUAGGUUCAAAUCUUAGAUAAGAAAGUUCCAGAAGUUGUAUCCGAAAAACUUAUAGAAAAUUCAACCUACACUAAACGAAUCCAAAAAGAAACUAAUCCUGUAGCAAAGAUUUUAGGUAUCCAAUAUCUUCGUCUUUGUUUUUUCCCAUUUCCGAUAAUAUUUUUUACAACAACUAAAUGCCUUACUUUAUUAGAGAAUGUUGUCCAAAAUUUGUAUGUAAUUUGUAAAAUUAAUAAAUAAUAGGAUAUGCUUUUCUUGGUAACCAAAUAUGUUCACCUAAACUACGCAUUAAAAAGUUGACAAAAUAUGGGAGCAGAUGUUAGAGCCAUCUAAGUAGAAGGAACAUCUAAAAUUAUAAAAAGAAAUAUUUUUGAAGCUAGAAAAAAUGUUCUUUUCUAUCAUAAGUAAGAUUAUUUAUCUAUCCUUGCAUCUGACAAAGAAUCAUUUGAUCCGAAAUAUGAAUUCGAGUUUUCGACUUGUCAGUGAAAAUAGGAAUCUAAAAUUUUUUCUGCAUAAAAGCCACAAUCUGUAAAAAAUCUGUCAUCAUCGUAAAUAUCUGCCAUCUCAAACUAUUCACUGUCUUCAAAUUUCGAAUUUGACUCGGAAUGGUCCAUUUGAACUGCGCGCGUAAACGGAAUCGAUAAAAAAAUUUCGUUGGAUCGGAAGGUUAUGCCUUUUUUAUGUUCGCAUUAG